CUCCUCCUCCUCCUCCUCCUCCUCUUCCAGCAGCAGCAGCAGCCAGCUCUCCCUGCACUAUCUGUCGAAGCAGAGCCUGAACAUCUCCCGGUGCAGGAUGGAAGAGGAGGACCUGUUCUGCCUGCAGUACGACAUGAACGACUGCUACAGCCGGCUCAAGCGCCUGGUGCCCACCAUCCCGCAGGAUAAGAAAGUCAGCAAAGUGGAGAUCCUCCAGCAUGUCAUAGACUACAUCCUGGACCUGCAGCUGGCUCUGGAGACGCACCCUUCUCUCCAGAAGCAGCAGCCGCAGCAGCAGCGGACCGGGACCUGCCCUCCCACAGCCUCCAACCCCGGCAGGACGCCGCUCACCGUGCUCAACAUCGACCACCACCAGAGGACAUCGAUAAUAAAAAAACCUGAAGACUCAAUUUUAUGCCGCUGAGACAUCAGCACUGCACUGGUGUGCAGGCUGCACAGAGACGCUCCAAAGCCAGCAGCAAAGCUUCGCCAGGGACUCACACCCAACUGGAGGCACAAUCACACGGGGAUUGCAAAACCGCUGGGAGGAAUUAAACUAAACAAAAAAAAAAAUCACUUCAUAUCAACUUUUCCCCCCUUUUUUUUAAUUCCACUGAAUAAGGACUCAGUGUGUAGACAUCUUCUUGCUCCUGUUUCAGCCACUCACUUUUCUCUUUGUCUUUUUAUUACUUAAAAAAAAGAGUCCCCACACUGAGAAGUUGAUCUUUGUUGUUGCUGGAAAACCCAUUUAUGAGAAAAAAAAUGUGUGUGAAUUGUGCUUAAAGAGUAACUAAAACCAGUUUAAAGCUUUACUCAAGUGCGAAAAUUACUGUACAUGUUCUGAACAUCUAUUGUUUCAAAUAGAUGGUCCGUGCUGAAGAGAAGARGCCGUCUUCACAUGAUGUUGUAAAGGAGGACAGUUCUGAUUCGAGACAAUUAAGCUUGUAAAUAUAGAGACACAAAUGUUCUAUAAAAGGUAUGUGAAAGGAAGACUUAUAUGCUGAAAAUGGACUAUUGUAAUUAUAAAAUAUUUUUUAUUAAACUCUUGUUUUUUUUUUUGUUUUUUUUUGUUGUUUUUUUGCAGUAAACUGUACAUAUGGUGUUUCCACUUUGGUGAAUGACCGUGCUUCUGCUCUGAAAUCAGUAAACUCCUGGCAGAAAUGUUGAACUAGUUGAAUAUGUAGCAUGUCCGGCUCACUGCGGGGGGAGGCUUGAAUGUGCACUGACGCAGCCCUCUUUGUGUGCGUACACUAUGUGGGCCAGUUAUUUGCCCUUCUGCAGCUUUCUCCUCCAUUCUUUUGUAUUUAACGACACCUUCGACCUGGCUUGGUGGGGGGUUUUUGGAACAAUGGAAGUGGGGGCGGGGACAAAAGGAAUAAAAAGUUGUUUUAUUUAAUUUUGUUAAAUUGCACUUGUGUUAAAUAUUCAAAUCUAAGAGCACUUCUGUUCACAAAAAAAAAAAAAAGAAUCAGAAUGUCUGAGCUUCUCCUUGACGAGUUAAUGACUGACARUUGGAAAUGAUUAAAUUUUUGCUUKUGACUUGUUGGAUUUCUGUAUGUGUACAUUAAACAAUCCCUGCUGGAGGGACWACAGCUACUAUUAAUGUAAAGAAAAAAAAAGCCUUUAAUUUUCAUGACAUUCAACACCGAAUUUACCUCACCGCCCUCCUGCCAGUGCGAGGGGGCACUUGUACAUUUCUGUCAGCUGCACUGUUGGACUUGACCACUGGCUUGUGAGGAGUUGUCAAAACAAUUAAAGUUUCCAGGAAGAA